GGGGCGAGGAAGUUGGAAGCCGCACGUUUUCUCGCCCCCUCCGCCCCCCAUCUCGUGUUGAUCCCAUCCCCAUCCCAGGCAGAGCUGGGGGUCCGUUCCCCCAGCUCGUCGGCGCGCGACGCCUUCGUCCAUUACCUCGCCCUUGCCUCCCCACGGAGGAGGACUCCAUCUCCAUCUGCUCUCCGAGGGAGUUUGUGCGGCCCCCCACCCCGGCGGGAUUCCCUCCCUUUCUGCCAAGGAGCCUGCCCAUGAGCCGCCUGCCUUGAGCGCCCCCUCCUGGACACACGGCUGCCGCACGCCAUGCCCGCCCUGUGACCCUCCGCUCUGCCCCGCGGCCCCAGCGCCUGCCUCGGUGGGCCAGCCCUGCCCGCCCCCAGCAUGGAGAAGACCUACUCCCUGACGGCCCACUACGACGAGUUCCAGGAGGUGAAGUACUUGAGCAAGUACAGCAGCAGCGGCACCCUGCCCAACGGCUUCAACCUGCAGCUGGCCGCGGCCGGCCCCAAGAAGCCGCGCUGCGGGCUGCCCCGCUGGAGCCGGCGCGAGAUCUGCCUGCUCUCGGGGCUGGUCUUCGCGGCGGGGCUCUGCGUCAUCCUGGGCUGCAUCCUGGCGCUGAAGUACCUGGCCCUGGAGCACGACGCCUUCUGCUUCGAGGGCUGCCCGAAGCGGAAGGCCUUCUUCAAGGCCUCCCGCUUCAUUGCCAGCAACAUUGACACCUCCAUUGACCCCUGCAAGGACUUCUACUCCUUCGCCUGCGGCGGCUGGCUGCGCAAGCACGGCAUCCCCGAGGACAAGCUCAUCUACGGCAUCAUCGCCGCCAUCGGCGAGCAGAACGAGGAGAAACUCCAGCGCUUGCUGCUGCGGCCGGUCCGGCGGCCCUACCCGGCCUCCGCGGAGCGCAAGGUGAAGGAGUUCUUCCGCUCCUGCCUGGACAUGGCUGAGAUUGACCGGCAGGGUGCCCGCCCCAUGCUGGAGGUCAUCGAGGACUGCGGCGGCUGGGACAUGGCGGCCGCUGGCAGGCAAGCCCGCUGGGAUUUCAACGAACUGCUCUACAAGACCCAGGGGGUCUACAGCACGGCCGUCUUCUUCUCGCUCACCGUCAACUUGGACGACAAGAAUUCCUCCCGCUAUGUCAUUCGGAUUGAUCAAGAUGGGUUGACAUUAUCCGAGCGAACCCUCUACCUGGGGCAGGAUGAGGAAAGCGAAAAGAUUUUGGCUGCCUACCGGGGAUUCAUGGAACGACUGUUGGGCCUGUUGGGGGCAGAGGAUGUGGAACAGAAAGCCAGUGAGAUCCUGCAGCUGGAACAGAGGUUGGCCAACAUCACAGUCUCCGAGUACGAUGACCUGCGGAGGGACAUCAACUCCAUGUACAACAAGGUGACCUUGGGAGAGCUCCAGCGCAUCACACCAAACCUGAAAUGGAAGCGACUGCUCAACAGGAUAUUCCAUGACAAUUUUUCGGAGGACGAGGAAGUGGUGCUAUUGGCCACAGACUAUAUGCAGCGGGUAUCGGAGCUCAUCCACACCACCCCUAUCAGGGUCCUCCAUAACUACAUGCUGUGGCGCAUCGCAGUGGUGCUGAGCGAGCACCUCUCCACCCCUUUCCGGGAUGCCAUCCAUGAGCUGGCCAGGGAGAUGGAAGGCGCCGAGAAGCAGCUGGAGCUGGGCAAAGUCUGCCUCAGCCAGGCCAACAAGCACUUUGGGAUGGCUCUGGGGGCCCUCUUCGUGGAAGAAUACUUCUCUUCCAGCAGCAAGGCCAAGGUGCAGCAACUCGUGGAAGACAUCAAACACAUCCUUGACCGAAGACUGGAAGAGCUUGACUGGAUGGACGAGGAAACUCAGCAGGCAGCUAGAGCCAAGCUGCAGCACAUGAUGGUGAUGAUCGGCUACCCAGACUUUCUGCUGAACCCAGAAGCCAUUGACAAGGAAUAUGAGUUUGAAGUCCAUGAGAGAGCUUACUUCAAGAACAUCCUCAGCAGCAUCAAAUUCAGCAUUAAGCUGUCGGUGAAGAAGAUCCGGCAAGAGGUGGACAAGUCAGCGUGGUUGUUGCCUCCACAAGCGCUGAAUGCAUACUACCUUCCCAACAAGAACCAAAUGGUAUUCCCUGCCGGGAUCCUUCAGCCCACUCUCUAUGACCCAGAGUUCCCACAGUCCCUGAAUUAUGGCGGGAUAGGCACAAUCAUUGGGCAUGAACUGACGCAUGGCUACGAUGACUGGGGAGGUCAAUAUGAUCGCCAUGGCAACUUGAUGCAUUGGUGGACGGACGCCUCCUACAGCAAGUUCCUCAAGAAGGCCGAGUGUAUUGUGAACCUGUACGACAACUUUACAGUCUACAAUCAGAGGGUGAACGGGAAGCACACGCUCGGGGAGAACAUUGCCGACAUGGGAGGGCUAAAGCUCGCAUAUUAUGCCUAUCAGAAAUGGGUGCGGGAACAUGGCCCCGAAAAUCCACUGCAACAUCUCAAAUACACCCAUGAGCAACUUUUCUUCAUUGCUUUUGCCCAGAACUGGUGCAUUAAACGACGCUCACAGUCCAUCUAUCUGCAAGUGCUGACUGACAAACAUGCUCCUGAGCACUACAGGGUCCUGGGCAGCGUCUCUCAGUUCGAGGAGUUUGGCCGGGUCUUCCACUGCCCCAAGAACUCGCCCAUGAACCCAGCACACAAAUGCUCCGUCUGGUGAAGGGCCCGCCGGCUCCCGCCAUCCGCCCGGCCAACCCACCCCCAGAGCAUCCUGAGGAGCCAACCUGCUGAUUCACCACCACCACCACCACUGCUCAGCUCUUCCCCCUCCAGCCGGACAGAGAGAGGAGGGGGCAGGGGAAGCCCCACCCUCCCUCUCACGCCAGCCCUGUUCUCAGGGACGGAUAGACACACACUGGACCGAACAAACGCGCAGACAAGGUGCCCACAGGAGUGAACGCCAAAUGGACAGUGUUUGGGUGGUCUAUCCCCCCCUCCACUUCGAAUGGACUCCUCUGCAAAUUGGUGGUCUUCUUACCCUCCUCUCCCUACCCCCUCACAGAGCACGGCACACCUGGGGCAGGCCAUCUAUUGGGGGGAGGAACCGCCAGACACAGGGGGUGCCAGCGUAGCAUCCCGACUUGGCCCAGCUGUUGGCGUCACGCCAGGCACCAGAGCUGAGCAUGUUCCACCAACCGGGUCUCAAUGACAGCGGGAAUUUGGACUGCCACAGGCAAAGCCAAAGGGAGUUGCCAGCUGCUAGGACGCCAUCUACCUUAUUUCUGGGGCUGCUUCUCUAGCGAGCACAUCCCUGAACCUCUCCUUGGCCCCAGAAGGAGGAAACCAGCAGAGCCCGUAUACCGGGGGGGGGGGGGGAGCUGAGGCCUAGCAACCGGAGGGAGGGAGGGAGGGAAAGAUGUCCCGCGGCCCAACCACCUCCACCUUCCCAAGCUAAAGCCCACCUGGCACCAGCACAAGGGUACGUUGGUAGGCAAGGGAAGCAAGGUCAGCUUUGUCGUGACCGGCCUUUAUCCUGCCUCCUUACCCCUCCACCACUACCACUCCUGGCGAGCAGGUGGCACUCUCUGGGCAGUAGGGCUCAGUGGUCCUUUGUACAGAAACUUUGCGCUGUAUUUUUCUGCUGCUGAUUAUGUUGAAUUAAAAGGCCAGAGCUGUUUUGUCUGCAUGGGCA